AUGCGAGAGACCACCAGCCGCCAGCUUCUGCUGGCAAGCGAGCUCCAAAAAGCUCGUACGAAGAAGCGAGUGUUACUACGCCUACGGCUGCGGUGUAUGCUUACAUUUGACCGCAAUAUGUUAACUGUUGAUGCGUUGAUCGAUCCUUCUAAAUCGCCUUGGCACACUCUGUAUGCAAGUCAGGAUCGUGGAAGCUUUAUAGUGGUUGUUUCCAUUGAUCCCCAGUCAUUUGAGUGUUUGAUAAAAGCGUUUAGUGUGCAUUAUGUUGUUAAGAGUGGAGUUGGAAAGUCUGGCCGGCCGCCCAAGUUCAUUUUCAAGCAUGCUGUGCUCGCUUGUUUGCUGCAUUAUUACACACCCGCUGUAGAAAACAAAACUUUGUGCGAGCUUUUUGGAGUUCCUCCGGCUACGUUGUCGCGUGUCCUAGCUAAAGCUGAAACUGCACUUUGUGCCUGUCUUAAUGAGCCAGAAUCCGCUUUCCUUCAAAGGAACAGCAACUCGAAUGGUCACGUUUAA